GCUUAAUUAGUUCUGAACUGAUUCUAUAAAUUAGUCUUAUUUUGAUCGCCUAACGGUUCUUAAAGCUUUACUAUGAACGAUCAGAAAAAGAAAAUUGAUGUAAACACCUUUUCGCUUAACCAGUUAAAAGCUGAGUUGCUGCGGAAGCAAGAAGAAGUUAAAAAAGCAAAAGUUGAAAGACCAAUUGAAAAAUUUGUUCCUAAAAAAGCUGAAGAAAAACCUAAAGUCCAAAAGGAUAAAAUUGAUAAAACAAGUAAGGAGAAAGAAGUAAAGAAAAAUUAUGAAGAAUACGAGGAUAGCGCUGCUUUUGAAAAAGCUAAAAGGGUAUUACAAGCUAAAGCAAAGUUUUAUGAUAAAAUGGUAGCCUCUGGGGGUAAUUUAAAUUCGGAUGAUAACUGUCUAGUUUUAUUUAAUAAAAAGAAGCAAGACAAUAAGCCAGAUCCCGUGUUCACUUAUGAUGACGAUAAUGAUGAUGAUGACGAGGAGGAUAAUGAUAAUAAUAAUAAAAAUAAAGCUGAAACAACUGGACAAAACGACGUGGAAACCUUCGAAAAAUUACCAAGAAAUGUAGAAUCCAGUGACACUUCCUUCAUAGGGGAAUAUGAAGCAACUGAAGCAGGAGAUGAUUGGGUUGAGUAUACUGAUUGCCUUGGAAGAACAAGAAAAUGUUUAAGAAAAGAUUUUGUGUUUUGUAAACAAAAAGAUAGUGAAUUAGCAAAAAAUAUUCAACCUAGAGAGGUUGUGCCAAAUCCAUCGUCUACAAAUCAGGUUCCGGUAGCAGCACCUCCUGGAAGUAUGAGUAGUCUUGAAGCAUCAGUUCGUACGAAAUAUGAGGCAAUGAAAACAAAUUGGGAAAACAAAGAAAAGGAGAAUUUAGAGAAAGAAUUUAUACAUUAUCAGGACGUCUUCUUUGAUGAGGCAAGGCAACAUGGCGUUGGUUAUUAUGCAUUUUCAACUGAUGAUGAAGAACGUGCACGUCAACUUAGAGAAUUAUAUGAAUUACGUGCAGAAACCUUAGAAGAACAGAAUAAACGUGAAGCUGAACGUCAACAGAGAGAUAUAAUUUUAUCGGAACGUGUUAGAGCUGCCGAAAACAGAUUAAGAGCUAGACAGGGAUUACCACCUCUAGAAGAUGAUACUGCUAUACAAGAAGAGAAACCUUUAACAAAAGAAGAACGUAAACAAAAACGUAAAGAAGAGAAAAUGAAAAAACGUAUGGAAAAAGAAGAAAAAAAUAAAGAGGAAAAACGUAAAAAACAUGUUCGACCAUGGGAUAAACAGAAAAUUGGACAAAAAUUCAAAAAGAAAUCGUCUGACAAUUCGGAUUCGGAUUCUGAUUCAGAAGAAGAAAAAGAUAAUGAUGAAUGGAAAUAUAGACCAAAACGGGAGCCUAUGUCACAAGAACAAUGGAAUGAGAAACAACGUAGUAUGAGAAAUCCAGAAUUUGCACCUCCAUCGUCAUCAUCAUCUUCAAUGUCUUUUGAAAGUCAUCCAAUAAAUAAGGGACCUCCAACAUCAGGUUUUUCAUAUAACAGUAAUAACGAUGAUGACCUUGAUAUUAAGAAUGCAAAUCCAUUCUUUUUCACAACUAAAAAACGCCCAUUUCAAAAGAAACUGUUUGUUCGAAAGAAUUAUAGCUCAAAAGAGAAAUCAGUUAGUUCAGAGGAACCUGUUGGUGUACCAAUUCAUAAUGAAAUUCCAGAAUAUUCCAAAGAUAAUGAUGAUGAUCUUAGGCCACCAGGUGUAUCAAGUGAUAAUGAUGAAGAUGAUGAUAGUGAUAAUGAACCUAAAGAAAAACGAAAAGGUGUAGAAAUUCCACCACCACCAACAUUUGAAUAUUAUGGUCCAGCUGGUACUUCAAGGCCUCCUCCAGCUAAAAAGCCUGAUAUUGAAUCAUCAAUUGAAGCCGGAUUGAAAUUUUUAAGAAAUCAAUCUGAUAAGGGACUUUUUCCAACAAAAUAUAGCUAUGGUUCAAAAACUGAAUAGAAUUUUAAUUGAAUUUAUAAAAAAUUAAAUAAAUUCAAUAAAUUAAAUCUCUUUCUAUUUGACGAUAAAUAUGUGCACUUGCUCAUUUUUUACUAUAAUUUUUUGAAUUUUUUAAGUAUUUAAUAUAAUAUAGAUUCUAUGUUAGUGUUAGUUUUGUAAUACCAACACAUUUAAU